GUGCCUUGGUAAUGUGCAGCGUUGAAUAUCUCUCUCACCGGGAUUUCUGGUUGCCCCUCACAGAUGUAGCUACUAAAACAGUGUCUCUGUUUGUAUGAGAGAAGUUGACUGAACAGAACGAAAGCGCUAGUUCACAAACCGGAUUUAUGUGGCUGAAUUUGGGUUCAGGACGAUUAAUACCCAGAGUGAAAGGGUGCCCCGGCUGCAUUGGUUGCGAAGUAAAGUGUGUAUUCUGAUUGAUAACGAUUGUCCAAUCUCCCGAGGAAGAAAGUGGAAAAGCACAGAGCUCUCUGUUGGUAAUACACCGCAGAUUGCUCUUGCUGUCUUGGUUGCUCAAAUCGGAGAGGAUCGUCCGUGGAACAAAUACGGAUUAAUCAGAGAUGUGUACAAUGUUGAAAAUACAAGCUGUGCUUUGCACUUUCUCAGUGCUGUUUCUGUCAGUUGGAGCCGAUCUAAAAGCGCGAACCUGCAGUGAGGUCAGGCAGGCAUACACCGCUAAAGGCUUCAGUCUCGUUAAUGUCCCCCACCAGGAAAUAUCAGGUGAGCACCUGCGUAUCUGUCCCCAGGACUACACCUGCUGCACCUCAGAGAUGGAGGAUAAGCUACAUCAGCAGAGCAAGCUGGAGCUGGAGAAGCUGCUGGAGGAGAGCAGUCACACCUUGCGCUCCACUUUCAUGUCCCGACACAAGAGUUUUGACGAGUUCUUCCUGGAGCUGCUGGAGAACACUGAGAAGUCCCUGAACGACAUGUUUGUGAGGACGUACGGCAAGCUGUACAUGCAGAACUCGGAGGUCUUCCAGGACCUCUUCACCGAGCUCAAGCGCUACUACACGGGCGGCAACGUCAACCUGGAGGAGAUGCUCAACGACUUCUGGGCCCGUCUGCUGGAGCGCAUGUUCCAGCUGCUCAACUCGCAGUACCACUUCAGCGAAGACUACCUGGAGUGCAUCAGCAAGUACACCGACCAGCUCAAGCCCUUCGGGGACGUGCCCCGCAAACUGAAGGCUCAGGUGACCCGGGCCUUCAUCGCAGCCAGGACCUUCGUCCAGGGACUCAUGGUUGGCCGGGAGGUGGCCAAUAGGGUGUCCAGGGUCAGCUUCACGCCGUCCUGCAUCCGGGCCCUGACCAAGAUGCUGUACUGCCCGUACUGCCGAAGCCUGCCCUCCGUGAAGCCCUGCGGGAACUACUGCCUCAACGUCCUGAAGGGCUGCCUGGCCAACCAGGCCGACCUGGACCCUGAGUGGAACCAGUUCAUCGACGCCAUGCUGCUGGUGGCCGAGCGGCUGGAGGGGCCCUUCAACAUCGAGGCGGUCAUGGAGCCAAUCGAUGUGAAAAUCUCUGAGGCCAUCAUGAAUAUGCAGGACAACAGCAUGCAAGUUUCAGCCAAGGUUUUCCAAGGGUGCGGUCAGCCGAAACCCUCAGGAAUGGGCCGGUCCGCCCGCGGAAUUUCAGACGUGUUCAACGCCCGUUUCAGGCCUUACAGCCCAGAGGAGCGUCCCACCACUGCAGCUGGAACCAGCCUGGACAGACUGAGGACUGUGUGGAGGACAAUGCAACACAGCGUAAUUGACAUUAAAGAGAAGCUGAAACAGUCCAAGAAGUUCUGGUCGGCCUUGCCCGUUAGCAUCUGCGCGGAUGACAAGGUGACGGCCCAGGAGUCCGGCGGGGACCAGUGCUGGAACGGGCACAGCAAGGGCAGGUAUUUUCCCGAGGUUUUGAAAGACGGUCUGACCCAUCAAAUGAACAACCCGGAGGUGGAGGUGGACAUCACGCGGCCCGACACGUUCAUUCGCCAGCAGAUCAUGGCGCUGAGGGUCAUGACCAACAAGCUGAAGAACGCCUACAACGGCAAUGACAUCUACUUCCAGGAUUCCAGUGACGAGGGCAGCGGCUCAGGCAGCGGAAGCGGGUGCACGGAGGCCUGCGUGACGGAGUUCGACUUCGCCAGCACGGAGGCGCCGGUGGUGGGCGCGGACAGGAGCGACGAGCGGGUGCUGUCAUCGGCCCCUGGCCACGCCCCCUCCCUGGCACUGCUGGCGGCCCUGGCCCUCACAGUCCUGGCACUGCAGAGGCAAUGCAGAUAAUGCCGGGGGAGGGGAGGGGGGCAUCACCUCGGACCACGGGGCUGAUUUUAUUUCCCGCUGUCGUGUUCCCGGUCAGACAGGACUGCAGCCAUGGCGACCCGAAACCAAAGGGUCUGUACAGAAGAGCAGCGCUUCAACCCGCUCCCGCCUCCUUCCACCCUUUCUUUGCCCAAAGAGCGCUUGGUGCUGUGAGCUCACUGCAGCUUUCAGGUCAGACUGCUUCCUCCCAAUUCCAGGACUCUGUGAAGAUGCUCUCCCUGCAAUCCUUGGUUUUCAUUUUUCAUUUUUUUUUUUUAAUUACAAUUUAUUAUUUUAUUUUUUUUGAGUUUCAAGAUGUUCUUUCAAAGAGGAAAAAAAUGAAUAUGGAACAAAAAUCAAUAUAUUUUUUCUUAUAUACACUAGUGAGCUUAAGGAGAUGGUGCAAAUGCCUUGAGGUCAAGUCGUGUCCCCCUCCGAUUCUGAUGCUGGGAAGGGAAACUGUAACGUGUCUUACUGUGUGUUUCACUGUGAGAGUGCAUGAGAAAAUCAUCAGUUACAGCUUAAGAGGUGUGGGCUCUCUCUCUCUCGCUCUCUCUCUCUCUCUCGGAUUCAGCACUUUUUAUAGGAAUAAUUUAAUGAAGGAUGCAAAAACAAAAAAAUGAAGGGUUGCUCUUAAUGAAUGGAGUUUUUUUAUUAGUGUUUGUGCAGUCUCUCAGAAGGCUUGGUAAACUCAUGACAUCCAAAAUUAAUGUCCAGUCACCCUCCUGAAAACCUGAAUGGUUUCUGCUUUUCCAAAUCAGCACCCAUCGGUCAUUUAUGCUUUAAAAGCACCUGCAAACUAAAACCAAGAGAGAUUCGUGUGUGGAUAAAAUAUAUAAUAUAUCUUGUAUUUAUGAAAUAUCUAUUUUAAAUGUUAUGAUUAUGAAGCUACAGUUUUUACUAUAUGUAACUAUGAACUCCUUAAAUAAUUUAUAUAAUUUGGUUGAAGACUGCUCAUAUCCAUAAAUAUUUUACUCACGACAGAAUUCCUUUCUUUUAAAUGAUGACGAUAAUUUAUUUUCUACUGGUAUUUCACUUUUUAAAAAAGUUAUUUAUAUUGUUUUAUAUGGACAAAGUAGCCAUCAUAUUAAGUCAUUUCCACCAUCAAAGUUGUUCAUUUUUGGUGAGUGCAGUGGUGUCACAGUUUCCCAUGAUGCAGUGCUAUUUUCCCACAGAUUUCUCUCCUUUCUGUUGCAUUCUCAAGGAAAUGAUAAGGUACUGAGUUCACCUCUUCUGGCAGCCCGGCCCCCCUUCAUUCUCACAAUAACAGGUUGUGUUGCUGAUAUCAUAACACAGACACGGGUCUAGCCUUUCUGUUGCCCUAGGUCAGAUUGGAGACUGUGGGUGGGGGGGGGAGGGGCAGGGGAUAGAAAGGAGAGCAAUUGCGGACCUGCCUGGGGGUGUGGACAUAGGAAAGAUUCUAAUUUUAAUCCCACCCCCCCCAGCUGGAUCAUACCCUUGGUGCCCACCCUUGCCGCCUGUGCUUCGACAAUGAUUUCAUAAGAAGGAACUAUACUGCUGAGUAGCAGAUGGUCUAAUACCAAUGACAAGAUGGAAGCUGAAUAAAUAAUAUCCUUUUUAAUCAUCUAUUUUUAUAAUCACAGAGCUGAGCGUUUAUCUAUUAGCUCAGAGCUGACAUGCGUUUAACACGUAAAGUGUUUCUUCAGCCGUGUUUUAUUUUGUUUAUCUUUAGUUCCUUUAUAAAUUGCACGUUAACUUGCUAUCUUCAUAAGCACACAUUCAUUUUGGCUUUUGAAACAAGGUCAUAUCUUUACCUCUUGCUCAUUUUGUUGCCCUCAAGCAAUGAGUGUAAUAUACUGAGUGUAUUUCAGUGUCGACUGGUUUCAUCUAUAGCACACUGCUAAAAUGAAUCUGGGAAAUAUUGUUUAUAUCACCAUCCUGCUUUCUUAUUAUUUUACCCUUUUGUAUUUUUUGAGAAACUUUUUUAUUUUUAUUUUUUAAGUUUGCUGAAACAGCAGUGUCUAUCCGUAGAGGCGUGAGUGUCAAUACGUUGGAUGCCCUUGUACCUCUGUCACUACAUUUUUUCCCCUCUCCAAUUUUGAUUCAGUUACCCUACAUCUCUAGAACCCUACAGCUUAAGCUACAUACUCUGACACUCAUUUAUGAUUGUGACAAUAUCACACACUUCAUACCACACAGUACUACAGGAGAGCUAGUGAUGAUCGGAGGAGAGGUGCAGCUUUCACCCACGACAACUGUCGACGGGUGCCUGUUGUGCAGUUAGAGAGAGGCAAAGCCGCAGUAACACUGGGAGGCUUGCUAGCUAAAACCCCACCCUAGCCCUGGUGUAUACAUCCAGUCCUGGCCUGCCACUAAUUUCCACUGUUCCCAUGAUUUAUCUUUGCCUACUGAAGAAUUAGGAGUUUAUUAACCUGGUGAUGGAGUUAAGAAUGAGUUUUGAAACGCGCUGCUUGUGCUGUCCAUUCGUGUACAGUGCCACCAGAUUGAUUGCUUGUUCAGGGGGGAGCCUUUUAGAUGUGUCUGUUUCUCCCACUGUCCUGAUUCUCCAGUCUAAUCCAUUAAGCUAAUGCGAUAAUUUGCCCAAUUGCACAAAACUCAUUAUGACUGAUCUCUCUUUAUCUAAUUAAUCAUUGCUUAAUCACAUUUAAUUACCUUAAUAUAUGCACAACUAGAGUAAUUCGGCUAAAUUGCAGGCUAAUUAAGGGCCACAAAUUCUGGUCACUGAAAAUACUGUCCUCUAGUUAGUGCACAUGCAGUACUAUGGAGGUGUUAUAUGAGCACACAUGCAAUGUUAUGUCCAAGAUUUUCUGUGUACUUUCUAGCAAGACAUGUAUAGUGCCGUCUUAGUAGCCCCAUGUGUAAUUAUACAGAUAGAGGACCAUAGUAAAGUGGUACUGAAUUAAUAAGAGAAAAAUAAGAGAAAAAAUAAACAUUUUCUAUUACCCAGCUGCAUUGGCCUUAACUCCAGUUGUAUGGAACGAAGGAUAAAAAUAUGUUUGCAAAGAAAUUACAGGAUAUAUUCAAUAUGAUUUUAGCCUGUGGACAAGACUUUUUAUUUUAAUUUGAGUUUUGUUCAAUUUGUUUUUAUGCUCUUUUUUGACUUGUCUGCAAUGAAACAUCCAUGCGGACUCAACCCGUUGCCUUCUGUCUGCAUUUUUAAAAUCAUUUUAAUAAUGUUUCUCAACUUGUAUUUUAUUUGUAGUACAAAACUCUCCCAAACCGCUUUCAUUUUAUGAAUGCUAAUGAAAUGAUUUGCAUUUUUUAGCACCCACAAAGCUCUCAGCGGCUACAGUGCGUGUUGUAGUGAACAGCCACUAAAGAUAAAAGGACGUGGUUGAAAGGGGAGGAGGUAGCCUGUAUACAAUUUACCUUCAUGGAGAGAGUUUAUUAAGAAAUUAGAAUCAAAUAUUAAAACUUGGAUAAAAAGAAACUUUAAAAGUAAGCCACAGUGGAUGCAUUUAGGCCUGGCUGCACUGUUAAGAGUAUCCAGCAGAGGGCAAACUUGGGCCUGAUCUCCACACCACCGAGAAGAGAAUAUAAGGCAUAUUAUAGUGACUGAGGGGGGACGGGGGACUGGGGAUGGGGGGGGGGGUAAUUUCAGGUUGCUUUCUGUGCUGGAGGGUGCUAUUACUUCACAAAGGCUUUCUGGACUUGAAAAUCCAUGAACUUGUUCAGUGUUAAGUAUACAUCAUUUUUUUUCAGUCUCGGUGGCUGUGGUCAAAGAAGCUACAAUAGAAUCUUCCAAGAACAUCUUAUGGUUCAAUAUAGCUUUGCAAUUUCAUUUAUUUUCAGUUUUAGCAGGGUCUUUGUUUGUCAUCAUCGUCUACUUCUAUAGCCAGUUCCCUACAUGUGCAAGUCCCUUAAGAGGAACAUGAGACAAAGUACAUUUGUACUUGCUGGAGUUUCGCCAAGCAUAACUGAUUCUCCAUGCAUGUUGGUCAAGCCUCCAGUUGCAUUCUAAAAUCUCUUUCUCCCUUCCUUCGUUCCUCUUCCAUCGCAUUUUGAUUAUGCGGAAGAUGUCCCUGUAUCGGCAGAUAUAGUAUUGAAUAGCCAUGUCAGAAAAUGUGUUGCUUUCAGUUUUUGGCUACCAUAUCAUCCAGUUGCAUUUUGGUAUACAGGAGGUUUGGAGAGCACUGAUAGGAGCUUGCAGCAGAGGGGGAGCGCUGCUUUAGGCGAACGAGGCGGGCGGUUUUAACGCGACAUUCGAGUCGUAAAAAGCAGACAUGCCUUACAAUUUUUUAAAAGAAGAAAAAAAAAUGGUUUGCAUUUUGGGUUUUUUCUUACUCUUUCUUGUAUACGGAUAAAUAAUGAAGGUGUGCAAAUAAACAUUUAUUAAAAAUAA